UUACACCUAAACUGGCGGAGCGUUGAACCAUAAGGUGUGCAGGGGACUCCCGACCGUCAUUCCACGAUACACCACCAACAGGUAUACCUGAGUAAACGAACGACAAAAAAUCAUCGUGUGCAAAGUAUAUCAUCCGUGAAAAUGUGUAAAUAACACGUAUACGUUAUUCGUGCGCGAUUUCUCGUUAGUCUGCGAACUGAACAAGUGACGUUGGCAAUCCGUCCACGUGAUCACCAGUAAAUCAAGAUGAGCAGCUAGUAACCUGUUGCUUUAGAGAAUAAUAUGGAGAAAGCAAAAGAAAAUAAACUGGUCGACGAGGUGAGCGAGAACAGGGACAGAAAAUCCAAGUUCUGGGCUUAUUUAUUAUGGUUGUUUGGCGGAUUCUUUGGAGCGCACCAUGUGUACCUCGGUAGAGACGACCAGGCAUUCGUUUACAUCAGCACAUUCGGUGGCUACAUUGGUGUUGGUUGGAUCAGAGAUAUUUACAGGAUACCUGCCUACGUGGCUGAUGCGAACGACGACCCGGCGUUUAUCGAGAAUUUUAAGCAAAAAGUCAGAACGAAUCGAAAGCCGCCGUUUUCCACAGCGCGAUUCUCAGCGGAAACUGCCGUCGCCUACUUGUGGGCCGAGAUAUUCAAUAGCGCGAUUCCUCAGGACGAAAUAUACGGCAUUAAUUUCAGGCAUCUGUUGCUCUUAAUACCAACCGUGAUCGCGCUCGGUGUAUGGACGGUCGGAAAUAUUGGGAGAGAACAAGGUUCAAUAUGGAUAACGCUUGCCACUGCUUAUCUAUUUUAUCCGACCUUGUACUACAUCGGCGACGACACCAUGUGGAUCUUUCUCAUGGUAGUCGCUUCGAGUCUGAGCUUCGAUACCUUCAGCAAACAAUGGCGACUGAAACCAAAAAAGAAAAAAUUUGUCCGGCGGAUGGCGCUUUUAAGCUUAGCCAUUAUGCUGUACUUCGCAAUUAUCGGUAGCUAUUUAUAUUUCAAUGCGGUUAUCACGGAUAGCGAAGGCGAAGAGAUCAAACUGUCAGAAGCGGUGCAGCACUUCCUCACUUCGCCUAUAUGGACAGAUCUCAAGGCAAGUUUGGAAGCCACGUGGAACCAGGCGAAACACCAAGGUUUCUGGGCAACGUGGGCGCAACUAGUUGAUCUUACAGAUCCUCGAGGCGAAAUAAAUGCUUACAAGGUUCUGGGCCUUUCGCAAACCGCCUCACAGAGCGAAGUCACGGCACGAUGGAGAACUCUCUCCAGGAAUAAUCAUCCCGAUAAGGUUAAAGGAUCGGAGGAGGAAAGGCGCAAAGCUCAGGAAAAAUUUAUGGAGAUUCAGCAAGCGUAUGAGAUUCUUUCACAAGCCAAAAAUCGUAGACAACGUCAGAAUCGCCGUUCCGAGGCAUAAACCGUGUGCGACAUUAAUUUGAAGAUCAGUAAAGGAUAAAUAGACCGACCGAGAUAAAUGAUCGAGGAAAACCAGCAAUAUCGAUUUAAAAUAUAAGAGAAUUAGUCAAAUCAAACAGUCGAUUAAUAAGAUAUUUAUUUAAACAACCAUCUGAUAAUAACUGCAUCGAUAUAAAAUCUUGUAGGUAAAACGUGUAUUAUAAGUUAGAGGAACACCUGCGAUAUACGUCGAUCGCAAAAUCGCCCUUCAAUUAUUUUUAACCGGCAAAAUUUACUCGAGUUUGUUUCGACUUCGAGAUCACUUUUCCUUUGGAAAAUUUGAAAUUCCAUUUAGCGAUAAGACGACGGGGACAGGAAAGUCUUUGAUGGAUCUUCCUGUAUCACGAUUAUUUAACGUGAUUUCACAGAAUCUCCCAUGUAAUCGCGUUUACGCACUUGAAUCUCGUUCCGCCACGUCUCACACGAUUCAUUCUAAGCUUUAAAAACUAAAAAUAAAAUUUCGACCGGCUCGAAUGUUUGCGCAUCCGGCCGUGACGAUGGUUUACAUCAAAAACAAUCUCGAGAGCACGAUCUGUAGACACGAAAACACUUCAAACAACAAAUCGAUCGAUAAUCGUGAUUUAUCGGAAGCGAUCGAGUUUCGAGGAUCUUCUCUCUUUGAUUUUUGCGAACGUCCACAUUUGAGAAAUGCAUCGCUAUAAUAUUUUCUUGGCGAGGUAAAAUCGGAAAACCUACGAGAUCUACUUAGAGGCUCCGGACGACGUUUAGUCGUACGGUUAUAGGCAACAAUGGAAUCGAAUAAUACGUAAAUGAUCUCGGAUAAAGAUGAUCACAAAUCACUCUCUUCUCUCUGUUGUCUUACGUCAAGCAUACUUGCAUAAUUUUCCAUCGCGAUUGUUCAACGCAAAACGGGCGACUAAACACGGUUCGCGGCCGCGAUAGCUUCACGUUAGACUACUUGCUCUUCUUCUUCGAGCGCAGUGGCUUUGCGAUGGAAUUCUCGAUUUUAUCCGUAAAAUUUGUCCCGUACUUAUCCGAGGUCUUUUCCAAAAAAUCUUGCGGCGACACCAACGUCACCCUGAAAUAUGACACAAUUUUUUCUUCACGUAUCUCAGAAUGUUAGUCUCAAUGUUAUUUAAUUUUUAAUAAAUGAUUUAAAAUUGCACAAAGAA